UGUUAGGCACAGAUUUCAAUGUGGUUUAGGAAGACCCGUGUUUGAAUGUAGCUAGUAGCUGCUGUGGUCACUAUUUCGGUCUGACAACACGUGCAGCCAGGAGCAGCUUAGAAGAGCUGUUUCGUAGUGGUUAAGUGGUGAUACACAGGGAGUUACUGCAUACCUCUUGUAGAUGACAGUACCUGGGCUUUCAACCCACAUUUGGGUGCAGGUUGUGAAAUGAUUGAUUUGAACUGAGGCAGAGAAAAUGUGAGGGGGAUGAACAGUAACAUCUGAUUCUGUGAAUCAUCACCACAAAGUUUUGUGAACUGAACUCACAUUGUAGUACGUCCUGGACUGGGUAUUUGGCCUGUGCCAUCUACCAGACUGUAGUUUUCCCGUGUGUGGUGUUUGCUGAAGGUUAUGAAUGUGCCUUGGUGAUGGCAUUGACUCUGCUAUUCCAGACAGGUCUGCUAUCAGGAAACAAAGCUGUGACAUGGCCUCAGAGCAAACUUCACAUGCUUUAGUUGAACAGCAGUCACAGGAAAAAUAAUGUGCAGGAUAACCCGUAGCUUGAAGGAAGGGAAUCUGUGCUUUGAUGCACUAAUUUGGAAAGCUGAUGAUGUGCUGCAGUUUCUUCACGCUUUGCUUUAAGGGCACGUCUGUAUUAUCUCGAUAAGUAUUGUAUUUAUUUAUUAAUACUGUAUUUGUGUAAUUGCAACUCUUCCUUUUUUCCACAAAAGCAGCUGGAAGCCAUUUGUGUCCAAGUUCAGCCAGGACAGAUGAAGGAAACUGAAGGGCCAAUGACAUCAUUGGCACCAAUCCAGUCCAAAACUAUAACGCUGAGUCAGCCAGUUGGUAGGAAUUCUGGCAUACCAGGACUUGGCAUUAUUAAUCCCCAGAUAAUUAGCAUACAGCCUGUUUCAGGAACUGAGCAGCAGCAGCUAUUCCUGCAUAGUUCUUCUGAGUCUCCGGUUCAGUUGCUUAUGCAGAGGCCUUUACCAUCUCAUGAAUCAGUGUCUGUGGACAAGGUUCCCCCAUCUAAGAUGGUGAAUGGACAGAGGAAUACUUGUGCUACAGCAUCGGCUUCAAGGUCUCCAAAUCCUACUGUGGCUGCAGCCAGUUCAGCAAGUACACCAUGCCUUGAAAAAAAGCAAAAGGAUGACAAGUUAAAGAAAUCCUUGAAGGUGAAAACUCGUUCUGGACGGAUUUCACGCCCCCCCAAAUACAAAGCUAAAGAUUAUAAAUUCAUUAAAAUGGAGGAUUUGGCUGAUGGUCAUCAGUCUGAUUCUGAUGACUACUCUGAGCUGAGUAUAGAAGAUGAUGAAGAAGGAAAGGUGAAGGGAAAGGAUGCAUUAUUCAGUUCUUCAAAUUAUAAUCUGAAACCCAAAACGUUUAAAUGUCAGACUUGUGAAAAAUCUUAUAUAGGAAAAGGAGGAUUAGCAAGACAUUAUAAACUUAAUCCAGACCAUGGAGAGCUGGAGUCUUCACCUCCGAAAAUACCUCUAAAUAAGCCUAAUGGAAGUAUCUUUGUGGAAGAGAAAAUGAUGAGUCCAGCACAUUUGGAUUCAACUGCUGUCACUUUAAAUCAUGAAAAAGUACUAGCUACCAGUCUGCAAGAAACUGUUGAUUCAAAGGCUGGAGAACAGGCUUCAGAGUCUGAGGAAAGCAGACACUUGCUGGCAGAACAACCAAAUGAAACCAGUUCAGGACACCAGGGACCUGUAGCACCAAAAGGACCUGGAAGACCCAGACGACCAAAGAAACGUGGUCGACCCAGGAUGGGUGGAAGAUCCAGGUGUUCUGGAAGGAUUAGCAGACCUGGUCAGUCCCCUUCAAAGUCACUUAGUAGUGUGUCAGCAGAACACAAGGUAUUCAGAAGAAAAGCUAGGUUAAAAGAGCUAAUACAACAAUGUGAUAAUGAAGACUUAAUGGAGCUGGCUCUCCCACGUCUUACAAAGCUUGUUACAGUGUAUGAAUUUCUGUUGAUGAAGGUUGCUGAAUCUCUAGGAAUCACAGAAAUACUCAGUGGAGAACAGAAGAUGCAAGGUGCAGGCUCUUAUUCACAAUGUGCAAUUAAAAUGGUUAGUGAGCAAGUGGCUGUGGACAUACUGGGACAAAAACGGUUAACUGAGAGCUCAGGGGAAGAACUGUUGCCACCAGCCAAAAGGACCAAGUUAGAAGACAUAACAGAGAAUGUGAACAAUGCUUAUGCCAGUCAAGAUGAAGUGAAAGAAAAGAGUGGGAAUUUGUGUACACUGUUUGAAAAAGAUGGUUUUAAUCCAUUAAAUGGAGAAAUCCUGCUUUCAGAAGAUAGGCAUAUCACUUGCUGUACAACUGGAAGUACAUUACAGACAGCAGAGGAAAAUAAUUCACUUGCUGAGUCAGGAGUUAGACUUGAUGGUGAAAAUUCAGGUACCUCCUCCCAAACUGUGGAAAUGAGGAUAGAAUAUCCCCAGCCUGUGAGCAUGCAGGGACCAGAUGUGGCAGGUGAAGCUUCUCUGCUGCACACUGAAGUCGUGCUGCCUGUUAAAACCAGCUCAGCUGGGCUGGUUCAGGCACACUUUGUGAGCGGGAGUGCGGUGGGGGGACCGGCAGCUCCUGAACUCCACAGCUCCAUGUCAGAGCAGGCACUGGCCAGGCAGAGCACUGGCCCACCAACGAGUGAAGAAAAUGCUCACAGUCCAAAAUACCAUGAACUGCAGGAAGAAACCCCUGAUCUUGCAAUUAAAGAAUGUUCUGAGCAACUCCAUAAUGCUGAUGUGAGUGAUGAGAUACAGGAACUUGAAAAAGCUUUUUCAACAAAUCUUGUGCCAAUAAACUACCCCCACAGUGCUCAGGCUGAGUCGCACCAGAAUGCUGUCCAGGGAGCCUCCCUGUCCGCUCACGGGAACCAGGAAAAUGCUUUCAAAAACCAGAGUGAAUAUUCUUGUGGGACAGGGGAAGCACACGAGUUGGCAAAUACAGUUACUGUAGAUGAAACUGUAGCUUUUGAGAUUUCUGAUGAGAGCCAUGAUUUUUUGUCUCAGGGACAGGAACAGAUUUUUAUUCAGACUUCAGAUGGGCUUAUCUUGUCUCAUCCAGGCACUGGUGUUUUGUCUCAGGCAGAAGGCAUCGUUAUUGUGACUGAUUCCAAUGGUACUACAAUGCACAUUCGCACACCCGAAGGGAUACCUUUGGAAACAGUGGAAGCACUACUGGCAAUGGAAGCAGGUGGCCAAAGUGAAGAUAUUUUGCUCUCACAAAGUGAAUUGGAGCCAUAAAUUAAAAAAACCUAUAAGCUUUCUUCUGGAAAAGACUGAUUAUAAAAUGUAUAUUUUUCUAAUGUGAAUACUGAGAUAAUUGAAAUUUAAGUUAUUUGUAAACUGUUUCUAUGCCCCAUACUUUUUAUAACCUAUGUUUAUAUAAUCUAGCAGCGUUGCAACCAAAAAUUCUAGAAUUAAUAUUGUUCUAUUUGCUUUAUAUGUUGGGGAUGGGUGGAAAGUGGAAAUCAUGUCAAUCCUAAAACUUGCACUGUUCUCUUUUGUUACAUAAUUCCUUUUCUCUCUAGCCAUCUCAAAAUGCAGUAAGUUGUACUGCUGUUCAGCAGUGAUGUGCUGUGUACUGGCAAGCUGUAUAUGG